AUGUCCUGUCGGGCGACUUCCGUGGUGCUGCUCCUGGGCCUGGCCUUGGCUGUGGCCGAGGGCGACCUGUACGAAGGCUACUCCCUGGGCUCAUCGUGCCUCCCGGGCCACCCGUGCAUCCUCGCCUUUAUCUCUGAGAACCCCAUGAUCCUGCAUUGCCCUCGUGUGUACUUCCGAGACCACGUCAGCUGGCAGUACCUCGACCCCGCCUGGGUGCAGGAGCAGCCCGCCACCUUCCAGUGCUCAAGGGGCUCCUUUUCGCCUGUGCUCAUCCAUGCCAAGUUGCAGAGGCUACACUUCAAAUCCCAGCUCCUUGCUGGAAACCUGUAUAUCCUAAGCCCCAGCGUGGAGGACUCUGGGUUGUACACCUGCAGCGCAGGGGAUGCCACCAUCGCCUACUACCACGUGGAUUUCCAGGAUGCGGGGUACAUCCACGUCUCACACGCUAAGCUGGGGGAGGCCACCCUGGACAACACCACGGUCAAGUUAGCAAGUGGGGACGUGGCCACACUUUUUACUUCGUGGAGUCCUUGGCAGGCUUGUGAUCGCUGCAGCCAGCCUGGAGAAAGGAAGCAGGUGGGAUACUGCUACGUCCAGGUGACUGGGAAGGACCAUCAGCUGAAAAAGCCUCUUCCUUGUGGAAUGGCCAGAAGGAAGCAUCCCACGUUGCCAUGGCGGGGACCAGAGCUGAGAGUGGAAACCUGCCAGGUGCCCUGCGCUGCAUCGUUCUUACUGGGCCAGGACAAGCCCAACGUGGAGCUACCUCUUGUCUUCGCUACCUACCAUCCCCAGCUCAAGGCCCACCUACACUGCCCAGCCUCUUCCAUUUACAGCCCUGUUUACUGGCAGGAAGGCCCCACCUCACUGACACGCCUCGGACUCCUCCAGAAGAACAGCUCCCAGAGCCUGGACAAAGCCACCGGGGGUGGGAUCCUGCACCUCUCCUUCCAGAAUGACCUGCACAGUGAAUUCUACAAUUGCUAUGUCAGUGGGCACCUGGCGGGCAAGUUUCUGGUGGCCUCGCCUGGUUCCAUGGCGCUUUCCGGGGAGCUGUCCCACACCUACUUGGUCAUCGAAGCCCUGGUCGUGGGGCUGUCUAUUUUCCUCGUCUUCCUGAUGUUCCUCAGCAUCAUCCAGUCCUGUCGGAGGAAGCCAGGAACCACCAUGGUCUAA